AGUUUUUGACCGGAAGUAGACGAAUGCACCCCUUCACCCCACAGCGUAUAUUUUUGGGAUCUUCUGGGAACCCCUUUCCUUCGUUAAUAAAGUCGCAACUUCAUAAACAGGAGAAGAAUCAAAUUGAUACUACAUCUACAUCACAGAAAAUAAGAGAGAAUCUUCUAUUUGUACCAGGUUGGAUUAUAGAUGAGGAUGAUGUAUUCCCAGGUGUGAGAUGAAAGGAAGCAACUGCUCGUGAGUUUUGGCAUCUUGUGCUUCUGUUUUCGCUCUUUCAGUCCCGCCACCAUUUCUUGAAGUACUCUUUUUUCUCACCUGCUCGGCAUUUUUCGGCCGCGAAAGCGACGGCGAGAAGAGCAUCGGUUCGGCGCGUGGAAUCCGACCGCAGUCGUUUCUGCUAAUAAACACGAUGCGUCUUUCUGAGAACACGAAUGCUAUGACGUCGAAAAAUAGCAGGGACAGAUGGAUUAACUGUUUUAAGCUCCGUCCUCUGUUCCUCGCAAGCUUGCCCCCCAUCAAGCUCGCAAAUGGGCUCGCCAUCGUGUCGAAGAACACGGAUAAGGCCGCAGCUGGCGGAAAAAUGUCAUCGACUAAGAAAAAAACAAACACUCACCACGACAUGGCUGUCCAAGCUGCGACUAGCGAAAGGAAGAAGCUGAGCCUAUCUUCGCAGCACACACGACACGACACCGCAAAAAGUACCAAAGUAACACAAGGCGAUGAAGUAAUUCCUGUUGAUCGGACGAAUCCCGACGAAAAUUGCCUCACCAUCGGGAACAUUGAAUCGAUAGGAUGCGACUCGGAGCAGAUCAGGUAUCCCAGCGGCGGCACGACGUGGCUUCCGGGGCAUGAAGCUCGCAUUGUACAUUUUGAUGGGAGGUUUGACUUCGACUGUUGGGGGAGAGACAUUUGGCCGUGGUCAGAAGCGCACUGGUAUCAAGAAGAUACCGGUGACUUCGGCGUCUCCAGGAGCGAGAUUACGCACAUCUAUGUCAAUCCGGAACACGAACGCGCCACCUUUCAAGCACUGAAAUGCGGCUCCGGGUACAAGACCCGUGAGGAGGAUGCGGCGUGGAAGGCGUACAUUGCCCGGGUUGACGCUGAAAACGAAAAAUGGACCCCCACCUUCAGCGCAGCGCAGAACGAACUGCAAAAGGAAUCGGAGGACCAGAUGAUGUGGGUCUAUCACAAGUCGCUUUUCUGUAGCGCCUACUGGGUGCCCGACGACAACUACGAUCCUAACAGCAUCGAGCUGCAUUUUGACGAGUGGCUCGAAAAGGAACAUAGGGCCUUACCAGGAUGAAAAGUGCUUUCCCGGUCCCAAAAACGCUGAGAUGAACGAAUAAAAUAUAUAUAGAAUUGUGACUUUAAAGUUAAGCAUACUGUAUUGAGAAGCAGAACACGCGCCUUUAGUCUUAGAUGAAAAAUGACCCAGUUUUUUUGCUCAUGCGAAACCUUCGCUGCUGCGACGGACUGCCUGAUCGUGGGCUGCUCCGUGGUUCCUCGUGAACUUCUGCCCAUGCCGUUUGGUUUCGUUCGGCAGCGGGAUCUGUUUACAUCGAGACGAUCACGAUUCAAUUGAUAGCGUACUGUGAUGUUUGCACCAUCGGCGUUAUUUCUCAUUACGAGCAGGAACAAAGUACUUACUUAGUUUGCGUUCGCAUGAAAGGUACAAAGUGAUAUGUUUGACAGGAAUUCUUUUCGCUCUGAUAGGCCUUCCAGGAGUUCGAGGCCGCAAAGUGCAUGAAGAUGUGCAUGGAUGCGUGGACCGGAUGCUGGGGGGUGGCGCUGAAGUUCCUCGAGGUGCCCGAAGGAAGUCGUAAAGGAUGUAUUUUCUUGAAGGAAAAAUGCGAACCUGCGGACCCAGAGGCGCUCGACAAGCAGGGAAAUAUCUGGCACGUGGCGUGGAAAGCGGCAGUCAGCGACAUCAUCGACAUGUCGGUGACUACCGUGAAUCCCCUGAAUCACGUAACGGCAGUAUCACGAAAAAAAAGACAACCUCUAGCAGUUGCAACGAGUUUGGGUGGCGUGAUUUCUAUACACAGGUUGUCAUGUGCGAAAGGAGAAGGACUGCGUCAGCGUCUGCAGAAUCAAAUGCACGCAGAUCCGAAGCCCCCGGAGGAAAGCGAUUAGGUAGUGCUUACCUAAGUAUUCGGCAUAGAAACUUCUAUUGCAGACGAAUCAACACGUUGGAGAAAUCACUUGCUUGAUUCAACGCGGUGGAGUUGUAGCUGUGCUUUCUGGAAAGACUAAUUUUUGGGUUCAAGAAAUCAAACAAUGUAGCAAGCAAACUAGCCUCGUCUGAAUAUGGGGGGUUGGACUUUUCUUCACAAUACGCAGCUCCACCAGAGGGCACCUUUGAGAAUUUGCUCGAGGACCCGGAUACGGAUGACAAAGGAGAAGUCGUUACAGAAACAACCACGGCCGCGGCGGGAAACACGACUGAUCUAGCUGAGGAGGACGACGGUACCUUGAUCCUCGUUGCGGCAGGUGUGGGCGUAGCUUUUGUGCUCCUCUUCGUCGUGUGUUUGUUGUGCGGCACCACUCAUGGAGCGGAAGACGAAUAUUGGGAAAACGAGAACGACGCCUCCGCCUCGUACGCACCUGAAGGCUACGUUAACGAAUCCUACGAAAGAGGCGGGUCUUACUCUUACGGAGGUAAGGGAAACGACGGGUACUACGGCGGGGAUUACGGGGGAAAGGGAGAUUAUGGAAGCGUCAGGUUUGAAAUCGUCAAAGUUGAAAUAAUUUGUAAUGCAUAAAAUGCAUGGCCCGAGGUACGUGCGUUGCAGAGCAGGCAAGUGAGGCCGAUUGUAAGCCUGUUUGGGGUUACAGCUCGAGCUGCUAAAGUAGCAUGAGAAAAUCACUCUUCUUUGCCUAAGCAGCAUGACAAACUGGAUUCAGGGACCACCGAAAUUUGUCAUGCGCCACUUGGAAACUUGGUUCCAAGUCCAACUUGCAUCCAUUUUAUGCAUGACAAUGUAGUGGCUUCGGUCGGUUUAGCAUGACAAUUUAUUUCAACUUUGUCGAUUUCAACUCUGACACAUCCAUAGAGAUGGCGGGUAUGGCUAUGGUUAUGACGAUGAUCAAUAUUCUCAUUCUGGCAGAGGACACGACGAGCACAGCGGCGGGCCAUCGCACCAUCGAGAUGUGUCUCGAGGGGCAGGAGGAAGUCACAGGCGCGGCGACCCUUCGAAAUCCAGCAAGAAAAGUGACGAUGACAAGGCUCCAAUUGAUGGAGUCAUCAAGUGGCUUUUUGGUGACGACAACAAGUAAGUAGCUACGUGAUAAAUUUUCUCUUCCACGAUCUUUCUAACAGUAGCGUUGAAGGCAAACGUCUAGAUACCCCCUUUUUUCCCUCCGUACGGAGUAUUUGCCGCCUCGUUCUCCCACACUUGCUACUUCUGAGAGGCUUUAUCAAAUUCACGUGUUGCAAAAAAUUUAGAAAUUUGUAGUGUCACAUUCGUCGCCACUUCAAUUUCCAAACUGAAUCGAUCCAGAUCUCGAUGGGGGCGUCUAGAAGUGUUGUUUCAGUGUAGAAACUACACGCUCUCGCGUCUCUAUACCGCAAUAAUCUUCACGUUCACGCAUGAGAGCUGGGCAGUGAAGCUUCGUUGCAUCCCUGUCUUCUUCUAUUGCGUGACCUCCCCAGACGAGUUGCUCUGGGUUGUGAUAUCGAAACAGAUUUUCACUUUCACUACGUAGUCUUUUUUCUGCAGCGUGUUAUAUUAUAUCAGAACUUCUCCAGCACUUCUGUUCCCGGUUUUCCGUUUUCGGCAAUGCCUUUCUGUGAUCCCCACGACACCAUUUCUCCAAAACUAUCUGCCUCACCACACGAUUCGCCCCCACACUCGUACAACUGCAGUACGCGAAAUGGAGCCGUUGCUUCGCGUGCAGCACGGAAAAAGUAAAAGUAUUUGGCCUCAUUCCAGCGAAUAAAUGCAAGUUGAAGGUGUACCCUACCUUAUACGCUGGUCCCGCAAAUAAACCGGCGCGACGAGUAGAUGCUUCUUCAUAUUUCUGCGAACAAAAUCGUACAGUAUCGCGGUUCCUUCGUGCUGGAACAAGAAAUGUCGUUCAAGUAUUGAUACUCCGCCUCGUUCGUAAUAAAGAUGACACCACUGCUCCAUCUCCAAAUUAUUAUCCCAUCGAAAGCACACUCCGCAUGAGUUUAGAUUUACUCUUUCGUUCCUGGUGAUGUUUUUUCGUCCGCGCUCAACGCGCGAGCCGUACACCUUCGUCUGCAAGUACAGAAGAUUACUUGUUCGUUCACACUGAGAAAUAGGCGUGAUGAAGAAAUCGGAGGAAGCUCCUUUUCUUUCCCUGCUGUAUGUCCUGCUC